CGCGUCGUCAAGAUCAGUCCGUGUAUAAGUCGCGAAGAGUAUGGACGUCUGACGAUUUUAAAGCAAUCGAAAUAUUAGAAGAAUUGCAGAAUUGCAAAUAAAAAGUCGGGAGUGCUUUUUAUUGUGAAUAAAUCAUAAUUGAAUACUUUAUUAACAAAAUAAAUAGUGAUAAACCAAACACAACUGUGAUACGUUCUCACCUGUGGAAACUAAACAAAGCAAAAGUAUAAAAUCAUGCCACCAAAUGCAACAGCAAAUACACAAUCAAUAACCAAUUCCUUGGUUGCAAACAGUGGCGAUGAUUCAAAAUCACUCACUGAUAACUCCACUGGUGUACUCUUCGAACAGGAUGCUGAAACUUAUGAUGGUGGCUUAGUAAAGGAUAUUGAAAUAUUAAAGAAAGCCGAGAAAAGAAGACUCAAACUGGUUUGGCGAAAUAUAAUAGCAUUUGUGUACGUCCACUUGGCUGCCGUGUAUGGCCUUUGGCUAAUGUUGACUUCUGCUAAAUGGCAAACCAGCAGUUUAGCGAUUUUCCUUUAUCUUAUUUCCGGACUGGGUAUAACUGCGGGAGCACAUCGACUCUGGGCUCAUCGCGCCUACAAGGCUAAAUGGCCGUUGCGUCUGAUACUUAUGAUCUUCAACACGAUCGCCUUCCAGGAUGCUGCUUAUCACUGGGCGCGAGACCAUCGUGUGCAUCACAAAUAUUCGGAAACUGAUGCCGAUCCGCAUAACGCGACGCGCGGUUUCUUCUUUUCGCACAUCGGUUGGUUAUUGUGCAAAAAACACCCGCAAGUCAAAGCCAAAGGUAAAGGCAUGGACUUAUCCGAUCUACGUGCCGAUCCAAUUUUGAUGUUCCAAAAAAAAUAUUAUAUGAUUUUGAUGCCGAUUUUUUGUUUUUUGGUGCCAACAAUGAUCCCGAUGUACGCAUGGAAUGAGAAGUUUGUCAACGCGUGGUUUGUUGCUGCUAUGUUUCGUUGGUGCUUUACCUUAAACGUAACUUGGCUGGUCAAUAGUGCAGCACAUAAAUUUGGCGGAAAACCAUAUGACAGAUUUAUUAAUCCAGCUGAAAAUAAAUCAGUUGCUUUCUUUGCAUUCGGUGAAGGCUGGCAUAACUAUCAUCACGUAUUUCCAUGGGACUACAAGACCGCUGAACUUGGGGAUUAUUCGCUGAAUUUGACUACAGCUUUUAUUGAUUUCUUUGCCAAAAUUGGUUGGGCUUAUGAUCUAAAGCAGGUUUCACGUGAUAUUAUCGAGAAACGUGUCAAGCGUACGGGUGACGGUUCACAUGCUACAUGGGGCUGGGGUGAUAAGGAUCAACCUAAAGAAGAAAUGGCAGAUGCGUUAAUCACACAUAAAAAAUCCGAAUAAAGCUGAAAUUAAACAACCAGCGUAGAGCGACAGAUCAAAGUGAGCGUGUGUGUGAAUGUAAGAAGUUGAAACAACUGUUGGCAGAACUAACUACAGAAUAUGACUGCUAGAGUGGUCAUCUCCUUAGCGAUAAUGAUUCAAAAUGUGUACAUGAAUAAUGUUAGUGUUGUGAAUGUGUGGAGUUGCCAAUCAAUGCAAUCAACAGUUGCCUAUUUGCGAAUACUUUGAAAAUUGAAAAGCAAAAAAAAAACUAAUAAUUGUAAACUUCCACUGCAAAAUAAGGUCAGUUUCAGAUUUGAAAUUCGAAUGAAAAG